GAUUUCAGUUUUACGUCAGUUCAAUUCUGAGAGGUGUGUUGUGUAGACGGCUCGGUGCUCUUUACAGCACAGUUAAUUCUUGACAUAAAACUAGCUACUCAUUGUCUUCUUUAAUUAAUUCAAGUAAAAUAUGAAAGCCGAUUGCAUCGACGCUUCUCGGUGGAAUUUUAACAGCGUUUUUAGCAUGAAAACUGAAAACGUUUUAAAAGAUAUUGUUAUUCAAUACCUCGACUACUUCUACCCCAACUGCGCCAACAAUGCCAAUGCAGCCAUCGACAAUAAGAUCGAAAAGGCAAUGGACUUGGUGAAGAGUCACCUGAUGUAUACGGUACGUGAAGAGGUGGACGUUCUUAAAGAAAAAAUAGUAGAACUGAUGGAUCGCAUUAACCAAUUAGAAAUAGAAAAUAAUUAUUUGAAGGCUAAUGUAUCUCCUGAAGUUUUAACGGCAUUGAACAACGGCGCUGCACGAGUCCUGGCCGAGAAGGAAGCAGACAAAUCCAAAGAAGAGGAAAAUGAUGGGCAAACACGUGAACAGUAAAUUGAAGUGGUUUACUCUCAACAAAAAAAGGUUAACAAAACAAAUAUUGGUUAUUGUUUUGUUUGUUUAAAGGGUUUUUUUUCAUUAUUGUUUUUUUUUGUAAUGGGAACUAAUUAAUGUCAUUAUCAACUGUCUUAAAAUGAACAUGACAGAUCCUGUAGGUAUAUGUGUAAUAUCUAAAUUUGAAACCUCUUGUAGCGGGUUGGUUUUAAAAAUUUCUGUAUAUCCAAAGGUUAAUGGAAGCAUAGUGAUGCAUUUUUCAAUAAAAAUACGUAUUUAAUGAUUAAAAUAACAUUCUUGAACGGUUUCCAUUAAUCUUAAAAAACAGUAUGAAUAAUUACUAUUCAUGUUUAGUUGUCGUGAUCAAUGUCAAUGGCCGUUCAUUCGUUACCAAGUUAUAAUUUUUCAUAAUUACAGAAAAAUUAAUCGUAAAUAAAAAAAAAAUGUGUGAAUGUUAUCGUGUAACCGCUGACCAUAUCAAAGCAUAGGAAGUAAGACUAAAACUAGAAAGUUAUGACUGCAAGGUGCUACCAAAUGUGAUGAUGUAAACGAUUAGAGUAAAAUUUAGGUUAGUGUUUGACUUCCUGAACUGCUCUGGUAUGGUAUCAAAUAAAAAUUCUGCUGGUAAAAAAUACCAUUACAUUUUUCUUUUUCGUUAUUAGAUCUUAAAGACUGUAGGUUGGUACAAACGAUCGGCAUUAUUUCUCCAAAACAGGUAGCUGAGAGAAAAGUUUGGCCUUUCACUGGUAGUAUAUCAAGUUAUGACAAAAUAUCGCCAUCUACUGAUAUUUACUACUAACUGCAGUGUCAGCAUAAUAAGAACUUGCUGCUCAGUCACUUAUAAAAUUUCCUUUUCUUUUUUUGGCAUUCUUUAAAUAAUAGAAUGUAUAUUUAAAAUACAAAACUAAAGAUAUUAUUAAUGCGUAAAGGUCAAAAAUAUCUCGUAAAGUGGGGAGUGUGAAUCAUCAUACUCGCCUUAUUUUUUUUUUUUAAAAUGUGUAAUGCCCAUCGUUUAACAACAAAUUUUUCCAAUUAACAGGGGCAGAAGUCCUAUUUUAUUUACUUUAGUGUAGAACUAACCCACAAGGCUGUGCUAAAUACUUUAGUAGUAACAAAAUAAUAGUACGAAUAAAUUUCGUACAGUUAUUUUGAUUAAAACAUAUUUAUGCAGUUAAAGGUAAUCAUUUUGAUUAUCUGUUCACUGUUUUAAUUUCAACUUCAAUUUUUCAGAGAAGUUCAAAUAUCAGCUGUUGUUUGCAACCAAAUAAGCUUAAUGCUUUUGUAGUCUUUUAACUCUCAAUUACCCCCAUUAAAAGGCUACAUUGAUCCUAUUCAUCAACAAUAAAUUUCUUGUUCUAAUUUAUUCUUAAAGUAAAAAAAAUUAAGUUGCUAUAAAACAUUGCAACAAAACUGCAUACAUUUGUAUUUGUGAUCUAGAAAAGCAACUAUUUUAUGAAAGUAUUAAAGGGUAAUAUAUCCUUUUUCUUUUUCAUUUAAGAAGCAUAAUGUGAUUUUUGUUCGUUUUAGUUAUUAUAAUCGUUUAGUUUCUCAUAUUUACGUACAUUCCACAUUGUUCAGUUCGUUUUACUUUCCAAGUGUUUUAUCGUCAUUUUAAGACUUGGAAUUAAAAAGAAAAAGGGUGAUACAACUGUCGAAGUAAUUUCUGAUGUUUAAAUAAUAUUGGAAAUAAUAGUAAGGUAGUGGUUUCACUCUGAAAUAAUCACUGUUAAUCUAAUAAGAGCUUCAUUAUCAUUAUUUUAUGCUAAGACUUUAUCAAAUUAAUUAAGAGUUGAUAUAUAACCUUCUCUUAUCAUUAGAUUAGUACUCAUUUAUUUUUUUUUUGUAUAUUAUAGUUUUAGAGUUUAUAAUUGUUACUGUGUUUCGUGCCAUACUCCCGUAUGGUUUACAAGUUUUUUCACUUGUAAUCAGUUGUUCUUUGUUCAGAGUUUCUAAUAAAAUAUAAAAUGCAUUAUAAUUAA